UGCCCAGGAACAGGGUGAGGUCCAAGAUUUGGGCUCUGAAGAUGAGGCUAUCGUUGUACGCGGCUUCUACUCGUACAUCGGAGAUGAUGGUCAGACCUACAGAGUGGAUUACAUUGCUGACAAAAAUGGUUUCCAACCCCAAGGUGCUCAUAUCCCUGUCGCCUAAAUGACUGUGAUCAAACUAUUUCUUGUUACUUGUUGACUAGUGUUAGUUGGUAUUAAAAAACGCAAAAAAAAAACCUACUUCAAAAAA